AGGAGUCGAAGCCUGUGGAGAGGACGUGAACGCACCACAGUCAGAGAAGACGGAGAGGAGAGAAAAGAAAAGGGCAAGGAAGGGACCUGUAAUAAAUUCAGCCUCGCACUCUUGGCGCCAAUCCGAUUUAAAGAGAACAAAAACAGCUAAUUUUUCAUUUACUUUUUAAUGAAAUUUGCGCUUUGCCGCCGCCUCUCCCAAAGCCGCCGCUCGGUGCUAAUAGCCAGCUAGCCUCGUUAGCACACUAUCUAUCAUUGUCAUAUUAAUCUGGCCCCUUCUCUGUGUCUGACGAGACUAAUAACUCAGCAGCAGUGAACCACGGGGACAAUAGAGGUGUGUUUCUCCAGGGGAUCGAACACACACAGCUGCAAAAUGGGGAGAAAGUCCAACAGAGCAAAGGAGAAGAAAGCCAAGCGCCAAGAAGAGAGGGCAGCUAUGGAUGCCGUGUGUGCCAAGGUGGACGCAGCCAAUAAGCUUGAUGAUCCACUGGCUGCCUUCCCAGCCUUCCAAAAGUACGACAGAAACGGGCUGAACCUGCAGAUAGAGUGUAAGAGAGUGACCACCCUGAACCCGCUGUCUGUGGAGUGGGCCUUCGAACUCACCAGAGCCAACAUGCAGACACUGUACGAGCAGAGCGAGUGGGGCUGGAAGGAGCGGGAAAAGAGGGAUGAGAUGAACGACGAGAGGGCGUGGUACCUCCUGGCCCGUGAUGGAGACUCCGCCCCCGUGGCCUUCUCUCACUUCCGAUUCGACGUGGAGUGUGGGGAGGAGGUUUUAUAUUGCUAUGAGGUGCAGUUAGAGAGCAGAGUGCGGAGGAAAGGACUCGGAAAGUUCCUCAUCCAGAUACUACAGCUCAUCGCUAACGGUACACAGAUGAAGAAAGUGAUGUUGACAGUUUUCAAACACAACCACGGGGCGUACCAGUUCUUCAGAGAAGCUUUACAAUUUGAGAUGGACGAGACUUCGCCGAGCAUGUCCGGUUGCUGCGGCGACGACUGCUCUUACGAGAUCCUGAGCCGGCGGACCAAACACGGCGAGGCCUCGGCGGGACACACCCACGGGGGUGGGCACUGCGGGGGCUGCUGCCACUGAUCCCGCAUCAGCUCCAUUCUUCUCUCCGAUUGGUUAAAAGCCAGCAACUUUCAUUGGCUGUGUGUGAAAGCUUGAGCUGCUACUCUGCGAGCGUUUUCAGUUUGUUCAAAACGAACCGAUGGUGCAAUGUCUGGCUUCAGAUAUUGUUGUCGCGUUAUGGAGUGAGAUUUUUUUUGUUUUUGUGUAUUCCUGCUACAAAAGGAGUAUGCAGUGUGAGCUUUCACACAUAGCUCCUUUCUCUUUCUUAUUCUUGGUCUAAAGUCCAAGCUUUUCUCAUUCUCUUUUCCCAGUUGAUGACAAUUAGUAGUUCCAAAUCACAAAAAAAUCUAUGAACCUCAUCCUAUCCUCCUCACCUCCUCACGGGCUGUCCUGUCGUCAAUCAUUGUGCAGUGUUACUUAAACUCUGGCUGUAUUACAGAAACGUACUACCUUAAGAUCUAACAGUACAUUUUUGUAAACAAAUCAUGUCCUCACCCAAUCAUAAAUGAAUUACAAGCAGAUGCAGAGUAAGUCAGUUUCUGUUAUACAGCCCAGGAUUUAUUUGGGACCCCUACAAGCUUGUUUCACUGAACCAGGGUCCAAGGCUGGACUUGCUCUCAUUUGAGUCCAGGAAAACGGUCUGAUCUACAAGUCUCUACUAUGAAACUACCUGUUUAGGUAACAAAGCACUGCAGCUAGCAGCAAAUGCAAAUCAGCCCAUCAUAACACCAGAUAACAACACACUUUAAGCACACCCAUCGUCUCAUUCAGUUGAUGCUUUUAAUUUUUUUAACUUGAGCCACAAUAUCUCCAAGAUGGCCCUUUUCUUAAUUUUUCGUUCUAUUUUCCCCAGUGAUUCUCAAAAAUAUCCCCCCAGCAUGCUCAUUCAGAUGCUAAAGACAUCGCUCUUAUGUUUUAGUUUUUUUUACCACCUUGUGUUGUCUUAUGUACCACUUCUGUAAAUUCCAUCCUUCUUUUGAUGUGUCUGCCUCCGUUCUCGUUGCUUUAAUCUCAGCUUUGCGUCACUCCAACUCGCCUCUUCGUUCGCUCUGUUUCCUAGAGGUAUUGAUGAUAAACAGGUUGAUGUUGACGCUACCUUUUUAGGUGUAUUAAAACAAUCCUCCAUCCCUUCACUUAAAUAUUCUGUUAGCACGAGCAAAUCAUAUUGAUUUAACAUGAAUGAGGAUCGGUAGAAGUCACCGUUUCCUACAGUGGCCUCUGAAGCUGUUAGAGGGGACAAAGAUUGGCUCAUAGAAUUAUUUGCAGAGCACCGAAAUUGUUUUUAAUGGCCAUUAUUCCUCUUCUUCUCCUCAGUCGUCACCUGUUUCCCAGACCACUGUCAUACACACUGAUGACAGCAUUUCAUGUUAGUAAAUCACGAUAAAUCCACAGCCAUGCUGUUUCUGAACUGUAUCUGCGAGUGGGUCGUUAGAGUUUCUUUAAUAUUUCCAUUCACAUAUUAGAAGAAUGAGAUUGGGGCAGUUGUGGGAAAUGUAUAAAGUUUAGGGAUGGACUUUUUUCCAAACAAUCUGACCACUACUUUCUGGAUUAAACAGUAAAACUGUCCAUGCUAGAUUUGCAAAUCAAUGCUUUUGCUCAGAUUCUUGAUUGAUUUCAGAUAUCAAAUAGACAGUCAAUCUUGGAAGGCUUCUAUCAGUUUGAUUCCAUAUCUGUUUACACAACCUUCAGGGUAUUUUUGGACUGUUUAAAAUGCUGGUCAGCUGAGUUUUAAGCCCUGUCUAGAAACCAUUUCAUUCCAGGACUUAAGUCAGAUUUGUGUUGUGGGCUGGAGGUGUAAAAAUGUACAUCUUAACACUACUGUGGGUGUUAAAAUCUCUGUAGUGUCUGUGAAGGGCUUCAAAUGGUACGCUUUGAGAUGUUUUUUAAAACAGGUCAUAUCAAGGCUCAACUUGAGAUUUCAUACAAAUUAAUGCCAGGUGAAAGUGUGUGAAGCAGGGGAGACUGAAAUGUGAAGUUAACGGACACUUUCUUAAAUUUAGAUACUGAAAUAUUUUCCGUUAAACGAUCAAACAUGUUAUUUAUCACCAAGGUUUUCGAUGGAUCGAUUUUUGAGACAAAAAAAUCUUUCUGGAGACGACUUAUUGGUCUGUCAUGCUUGUUUUUAUCAUGAACAACAAAAAUGAUAAAACAACAUAUUGCUUGUUUUAGACUACCUUCUGAUAAAGUCAUUUUUACUGCAUAGGUUACAAUAAAGAGGAUGGUGUACAUAGUGGUAGUGAAUCAACCGACUGACAGUCUCUCUCAGGUUAAUCAAACGUAAUGGAACCUCAUCUGUUUUAUUUAACAGCCUCGCGUUCACUGGAUGAGAGUUACCAAAGCUCUGUUCUGGAGUCAGUUUUUCUUUGUGUUUCAUGCCAUAGUAUUUAAAGAAACUGAUCCGAAGAAUGUGAUGACACCAUUUUAAGGAGUUUAAUGAUGUGUUUCAGUAAAAGGAAAAAGCUCCAAUGCCUUGGAAAUGUGAAAGUGAAUGACAAAGUUUGAACUGACUGUAGAUCAGUGCUCGGUUACAUUAAAUCCAGAUAGGCGUGCUGUCUUUAAAAAAAUAAUUAAAAAAGGCGGUCUUAAAGUCAAAAUAUCUUGAGUACGAAAAUGAGCCUAAACAUAACCAGUUAAUUUUAAGUCAGUGAGUAUUUUUAUUUUAGAAAAUGGUUACAUACCCUCACAAAAUCACAGAUCCUUCUGGUUUUUCUCUGUGUGUGUAUAUAUAAGCUGUUGUGGAUCCAUCUUCAUUUUCAUUUCUUGCCUUUUACACAUAAAACACUUUUUAAACCAUGUUAAAAAGUAAAACUCCAUAUUUGAGAAUGAGCGUUACAGUCUUGUCCAUAAACGACAAUGAAAGGGAAAACUAAGUCAUUCUGCCUUGUCAGUGUUUUAUUUGUAUGUUACAAAUAAAGGAAAGUUGUUUGACUUUAAACGAUG